GGUACAUGUACUCCGUACGUAGGUAUCUCCCUAAGGCAUCUACAGCAGGUGCGGUGCCCGUUAAUGCCUGCCAUGUGAGCUCCCAGUCCGCCCGCCUCGCCUUGUCGCCUGGACUCCCGCAAAAGCAACCAAGCUCGACUUGCAUCAUCCGUGGACCAUCACUGCAGGUCAUCAUGGCUCUAUGACUAAAACCACAGGUAACGUAGGUACCCAGCAAACAUUCUUCUGUUCUUCUUCCAAACUCCAAACUCCAGACCAUCAUAGUUAGUUGCUUUCAUUCUCUAUUGGCUUCCAUUCAAGUGAUCCAAGGCAGUCGUAAUCUACAAUAGCCACUUACCGAUAGCUUCGUCCGCCCGCUAUUGUCUGAUUGUUCUAUUGUGAUUGACCGAAGCCACAACCGCAACCGCACCGCCCAUUUGUCUAUUUGUACCCAGCCUGCAUGGCCGGCUUCCCUUCCUGGGCAUCACCAACCACCCGGGCGGACUCACAGAGACAGACAGACACACCCACGACGACAUACAUACAACCAGCUUCUUGAAUAUUCCAUCACCACCAUUGUCGCCUCCUGAUUCCUUUCACCCCUUUGUAUCCACAGUCCCUGCUGGAGUCUCCCUCCUCCAGCAUCUGCCUUGCAGAACAUGUUUUCCGAAUAUGCCUCGCGCUUCCUCUCGCAGUCACAGUCCCGCCUCUCCAACUUUGGCGGCCCCCCGGAUAAUAACGACCCUUCCGGUCGACAGCCAUCCGAUGCGCCCUCGAGGUUCCCCAGGCAGCCCGCUCGGUUUUCCUACCAGUCCCGCCUCGGAAAUCCUUAUCAGUCAUCUCAGUCUAGAUUCGGUGGCUUUGCCUCCCGAUAUAACACUGCGCCUGAUGCACCACUAUUCCACAGCACCUUAAACGAGUUUCGAGACGAGGAUGACGAAGAUGAUGUUAGAGAGGCCGCUGAUUUUCGCGCUUUACAGCAUUCGCGCCGUGUUUUUGCAGCAAGUCGCCUGGAGGAUAGCUCUGCAUCGGAGAAUGACGCAAGCCGUGCCUCAUUAGACCAGAGUGGGGAACGCGAUAGUAGGUUGUACGAGGGCCGAGAUCGUCCCAUGGGUAUCAAAAGCAGUUGGAACGGCGAAUCAAGCUUCAAGGGUCGACAGUCAACCCGAAAAUCAAACGAGGAACAAUCUGCAACUGGUGCGCAGAAAAGCAUACGACAGAACUCCGACAGCGAUGAGAGUGGGAAGAUGGUUGAUGUUGGGCUAGAGUCAACCGUCAUGGACAAUUCCGUACCCGAGGACCUUUUGCUGGAAACACCAAUAGAUUCAUCACCACCCGCGUUCCAACAAUUCAAAUCUACCAAAGGGAAUUUCAAAGGUGCGGCUGGUAGAACACAUUCGAAUCUCGAGCGCGAUAACCGGCUCAUGCGCCAAGCUAUCGCUGAAGAGGAAGAAGAAGACGACGAGGUAACUGAACAGCCGACAGUCAUCCCAGCUCCGCCACAGCUACGGAUGUAUGGCGAGAUAUUUGUUCACGAUCAGUUUUUUGCUUGGCUGUACUUGAUCGCUUUCGCUUCGCUCAUCGCAACAUUUGUCUUAGUAUUGCUACAUACUUCAGCUCCAGGUGGCAAGAUUGGCGAUACUAUAUACACAACACUCAAGUCAUCCUUCUACCUGCUGGCCGUCGACACCCUCGUCUCGGUGGUGGUUGCACUGGUUUGGAUGGCAGCACUUAGAUCCUUCAUGCAGCAACUAGUCUUUCUCAUGCUCUUUGGCGUCCCCAUAGUCCUUUUUUCGUUCUCAUUAUAUCCCAUCAUCUCUAGUUUCCAAGGACCGGAUCAUGGAUCACGACUCCAGGAUGUUAUCAUGAGAUGGGCUGCUAUCGUGCCUGGAGUCUGUUCCAUCAUAUGGGUAUGGCUUUUGUAUAAGGGACGACACGAGAUCCACAGAGCCGUUGAGAUGCUAGCCUUCUCUAGCCGAAUCCUCACCGCAAAUCCGGCCCUCGUGCUACUGGGAUUCGGCACCCUAGCUUUCGUGGUAGGGUGGACCUGGGUAUGGCUUUGGAUGUUUACGCGCAUCUUCCUAGGCGGCUAUUUCUCGAAGAAAUUAUCGGCGUUCAUAAUCGGAACUGCAACAUGGUGGCUUGCCAUCUUUUUCUUCCUGAUGUAUGUAUGGACGCUGUCUGUUACAAGCGGAGUCGUCCGCGCCACAACUGGAGGUACUGUAUCCAACUGGUACUUCCAUAGGAAUCUUCAGACACUUGCGUCGUCGAAUGAAAUUGUGAAGGGAGCGCUGGGACAUUCUACAACUACGGUCUUCGGCACUAUUUGCGCCUCUACCCUAUUAUCCCUAGCUGUUCGCCUCCCCAUUCUCAUACUUCCCAGGCGCAUCGCCGGUAUCUUUGAGUUUAUAGGAUGGAAACUAGCGCCACGACCAGUCACUGUGUUAACUAACCCACUAGCCGUGACGUAUGCGUCUAUACACUCGCUACCCUUGAUGGAGUCAGCUUCGCAACUGAGCAGAAUUCAGUUCUUAGCUACAGGACCCACUACCACACUCACCCCUAGCGCCUUUUCGCGGCGGAAUCAGACGGCUUCCUUGAUGCCUUAUAGAAUAGCCAAGCUACUUCUGCAUGCUGCAAGGUUCGUAAUGUCGACUGCUCUAGGUUUUGCAGCGUGGGUUAUGACUGCCCGGCAACUGCGAGUACAAGUGCCGGAUAGUCCGAGCAUCAAGGGAAGCGCCUAUGCCUAUGUUGUGGGUAUCGUAGCCAGUAUGAUUGGAUGGGGAGUGCUGGGUGCUAUGGAAGGCAUUCUAUCAGGUAUCCUCGAUGGUGUACUUAUCUGUUAUGCCAGUGAGAGGAGGCUUGAGCGUGCAACGUACUGCAUCGAAGCUGCGAAGCUCUUCGAGGAUAGAAGGUACGAGAGGGAUGUGGUUUGAUAUUUUCUCUUUACCAUGAAGCAUUUCAAGGAGCUGGGUUCAAGUUCUGGAGUCAGGCGCUUUCUCUUCUCUUCGAAAGCAACCAUGCCCAUGCCAGUGGUAAACAAUGGGAGUUCUAAGAGAUUGGACAUACAUCGGUUUUUUACAGUAGACCAGGCCGGUUACAUUUUUGAAGCUCAAUAUGACAAUAUAACGUUCAGCGUAAU